AUGUGUUCGUUAAGCACAGCUCCCAGACGACUAUUAGUCCAUGCGACCAUCAUCACCGUCAACAAGAACCGGGAAGUUAUCCUGGACGGCGCACUACUCAUUGAAAAUGGUCGCAUCACAUCGCUUGGAAAGACUGCAGACCUCCUGAAGCAAGUAGAAUCGGAGAGCAACCAAUAUAUCGAAGUCAUAGGUUGCACGAACAAAAUAAUUAUGCCUGGUCUGAUCAACACACACGCACAUCUAGCACAGUCACUAUUACGGGGCCUCGCCGAGGACCUCACACUUCACAAUUGGCUGUGCGACGCGAUUUGGCCGUUGGAAGCAAACUACGCCGAAGACGACGGCUAUAUCGCGUCCAUGUUGACGAUAGCCGAGAUGCUCAAGACAGGAACAACAUGUUUCCUCGAAGCCAUGCUCACGCACAGAAGCGGGCUUGAAAACGUGGUUCGAGCCGUACAAGAGACCGGCAUACGAGCUUGCUUAGGAAAACUGAUCAAGGUCGCUGAAACAAACGCAAAUCUCAACAUGAAGGACGCAAGAGAUCGCGACGUCGACUCCAUGUCCGUAGCUGCUGCACUCUCAGCCCACAAGAAACACCACAGCACCUGCAACGACCGUUUACACGUAUGGUUUGCCGCAGGAACACCUCGAGGCUCUCCAAUGUCUGCACACGCCUCGAUAGGCGAGACAGCGCGAACGCACAAUAUCGGCGUUACCAUGCACUGCGCAGAAGCCCCAAAGGACCUUCCCAUCUACCGGGAAUACUACCAAUGCAGUCCCAUGCAGUUCUGUCGCGAUGCCUCGCUGACAGGUCCCAAAAGCGUUUUUGCACAUUGUGUACACCUGGAUCCAGCAGCUGGAGAUUACGAUGUAUUAUGUGAGAGCAACAGCACUGUCUCGCACAAUCCAACAAGUAAUCUCAAGCUGGGUUCUGGAGUCGCGAGUAUACCGGAUAUGGUUGCGAGUGGCGUCAAUGUGGCACUGGGAACAGAUGGCGCGCCUUGCAACAACACGUACGACAUGUUCUGGGAGAUGCAUCUAGCGGCGAUACUUCAUGGCGGGGUGAAGCAACAGGCUGGUGUGCUGAGUGCGUAUGAUGUCUUGGAAUUCGCUACGAUAAAUGGCGCCAAAGCGCUGGGAUUGGAUAAAGAAAUUGGCAGUUUAGAGGUGGGGAAGAAGGCGGAUGUUGUUGUUGUUGAACCGAGAGGCGUAUCCAAUGCCCCGUGGGUUGCAUCUGAGCAGAGUACUGGUGGAAUAGAUCCAGUCACAGUGCUUGUUCACUCUUCAGGAGCAGAUGUCGAUACUGUGAUAGUGGAUGGUCAGAUCCUUGUCAGCAAGGGACAGUUGUUGCACAUUGACGAAGAUAUGGUCAUAAAUAAAGCAAAGGAUUCGGUAGCAGGUAUACGGAAAAGAAGCGGCGUGGGUGCGAGAAACCACAUGUUGUUGAAGUAUAUAUAG